AUGGAUAAUACUAUUGUUCUCUUCACACUAAGCUUUCUUCUUGUAUCUUCAAAUGGCAUCAUGUCACAGCAGAAUUAUUCAGGAAACUCAGUACUAAAUUGCAACAACAACGACGCAGAGGGUCCUUCUUCAGAUUUCCUAUACACCUGCAAUGGAUUCCAAAAAUCUUGCUUAGCCUUUCUCAUAUUCAAAUCCCAAACUCCUCACAACACCAUUGCCACAAUCUCCAACCUCACUUCCUCAAACCCAGAGGACCUUGCAAGGUUCAACAACGCCACUCAUUCCACACUGUUCCGAACCGGCAAAGAAGUCAUUGUCCCUCUCAAUUGUUCUUGUCCAACCACAGAACAUGAUGAUGAUUAUGAUGAGUACUAUCAAGCCCAAACCACAUACGUUCUGCCAAAAGAUCCAACAUAUUUUACAACAGCAAAUGAUACCUUUCAGGGAUUAACCACGUGCGAUUCUCUCCAGCGUUACAAUCCUUAUGGGGUUCUUGAUUUGCAUCCUGGCAUGGUGUUGCACGUGCCCCUCAGAUGCGCUUGUCCGACGGCGCGUCAAGCCGUCAGCGGCACCAAGUAUUUGCUGACCUACUCGGUUAAUUGGGGUGAUAACAUCUCUAAUAUCGCAACACGGUUCCAUGUCAACGCAAGUAGUAUGGUUGAUGCCAAUGGUUUCUCCUCAGAAAAUGAAAUGCUCUAUCCAUUCACAACUGUCCUGAUUCCUUUAACAAGUGAACCCAACAGCACAAUAACCAAAGUUCAAAAUGGUCAACCACCUUCUCCAACUACUCUUUACACUGUAAGAAAUGAUAAGACAAAGACAAAAAGAAAAAGAAUCAUAGUUGCUCUUACUUCCUCUUCGAGCUUCUUGUUUUUUCUGUUUGUCGUUUUAUCCCUAGUGUUUGUGCGUAGAAAGAGAUUAGAAAUUUUCUUCAGGGGAGAUAGAAAAGGCAGAACAAAGCAAGUGUUUGCAGAACAAAUACGUGAAGGGUUAGCAAGCAUUGAGCUUCUUUCCAAAGUGUACAAGUUUGAUGAAAUUAAAGAAGCAACUGAGAAUUUCAGUGCAAGCAACAGAAUCAAAGGCUCUGUCUACCGUGGGGUAUUUGGUAAGGAGAGGGAAAUCAUGGCGAUCAAGAAGAUGAAUUUGGGUGCCUCUAAGGAAGUGAAUUUGUUAGGAAGGAUCAAUCACUUCAACCUGAUAAAGCUGGAAGGUUACUGUGAAAAAGAUGGAUCCUUCUAUCUUGUUUUUGAGUACAUGGAAAAUGGUUGUUUGAGAGAAUGGCUUGGGAGAAGAAACAGAACCACAGAACACCAAUGUUGGAGAAAGAGGAUUCGGAUUGCUGUGGAUAUUGCAAAUGGACUUGAGUAUCUUCAUAACUUCACAGAUCCUUGCUAUGUUCACAAGGCCAUAAACACUGACAAUAUAUUGCUAAAUAAAGAUCUAAGGGCCAAGAUAGCGAAUUUCACUCUGGCUAAAGAAUCAGAUAGAGAAGUAACAAGCUCUUGUUCUUAUUACACAUCACAUGUUGUGGGAACCAGGGGUUAUAUGGCUCCAGAGUAUCUUGAUUCAGGGAGAGUCACAUCGAAGAUGGAUGUGUAUGCGUUCGGAGUGGUGCUGUUGGAAUUGAUCACUGGCAAAGAUUCUAUUAUUGUGCAGGAUGAUGGAAGUGAGACGAUGCUUUCAUCAAUCAUAUUGAACCUCAUUGACAAAGAUGAUGCAGAAGAGAAACUCAGUUUGUUCAUUGAUCCUAGUCUCAUGGGAAACAGUGAGAAGGUCUAUGCAAUUCAGCUAGUUAAGCUAAGCCUAGCAUGCUUGGUUGAAGAACCUUCAAGGAGACCAAACAUGGCCGAAGUGGUCUCGAGUUUGCUUAGAAUAUAUACAGAAAUUGAGAUAAGAACGUCACCCUGCCGCAUCAAUGACAGUAGAAGCACGGAGAGGUGA